AGUCUCCGCAGUGUUUGCUCCUGCUGUGUCAUUCUGUCCUUCCCCCUCGCUUGGUCUUCCCGUCCCUCUUCCCUUGGUGGCAGGAUUACAGUACCAGUGUCCUGUUGCUGGCGUGCCCUUGUCUGAGCUUUCUGCCUGACUUUUUUUCUCUGCUCAGCUCUUCUCUUUGCUCCGGUACUGCACCAAGCAUGGAGAAUGACCAGUCUCCCACCUCGCCCAGGCAGGACAUCCAGGGGCAGAGCUGGGACAAACCUGCCCCCAGCUUGCAGCCCCCUGCUCCAGCCCCCGCGGAGCAGCCGAGCGCCCGGCCCGAAGCAGCUGUGUGCGACAUCUCGGAGGAGCUGAGCCGGCAGCUGGAGGACAUUAUUAAAACCUACGGGUCUGCCGUGAGCCUGAUGGAGACGGAAAGCGCCGCUACGGGAACCGACAGGCCUGAAAAGGGAGAGCCAGGCAGCGUGGAGGAUGCGGAGUAUGAAGAUGCAAAUGAGGAGAUUGAGAAAGAGAAGCUGGCUCCUGGGGAUGCUUCCAGAGCAAAGGAGCCCAGCGGCAGCAAGGAGCAAAAACUGGAGAAGAAAAUCUUGAAAGGACUAGGGAAGGAAGCCACCCUACUGAUGCAAAGCUUGAACAAGCUGAAUACUCCAGAGGAGAAGCUGGACCUGUUAUUUAAGAAGUAUGCUGAGCUGCUUGAAGAACAUCGCGCUGAGCAGAAAAAGCUCAAGUACCUGCAGAAGAGGCAGGCCCAGAUCACCAAGGAGAAGGACCAGCUGCAGAGUGAGCACAGCCGAGCCAUCCUCGCCCGCAGCAAGCUCGAGAGCCUGUGCCGGGAGCUCCAGAGGCACAACAAAAACCUCAAGGAGGAAACAAUUCAGCGGGCACGGGAGGAAGAUGAGAAGAGGAAAGAAAUAACUAAUCAUUUCCAGGGCACACUGAGUGAAAUCCAGGCUCAGAUCGAGCAGCAAAGCGAGAGGAACAUGAAGCUCUGCCAGGAGAACACAGAGCUCGCAGAGAAGCUGAAAAGCAUCAUUGACCAGUACGAGCUGCGGGAAGAGCACCUUGAUAAAAUAUUUAAGCACAGAGAACUUCAACAGAAACUGGUGGAUGCCAAGUUGGAGCAGUCUCAGGAAAUGAUGAAGGAAGCCGAGGAGCGACAUCAGAAAGAAAAGGAAUACCUCCUGAACCAAGCUGCAGAGUGGAAGCUCCAGGCCAAAAUGUUAAAGGAGCAAGAGACUGUCCUGCAGGCACAGAUCACUCUCUACUCUGAAAGGUUUGAAGAAUUUCAGAAAACACUGACCAAAAGCAAUGAAGUGUUUGCCACUUUCAAACAGGAGAUGGAGAAAAUGACAAAGAAAAUGAAGAAGUUGGAAAAGGAUACUGCUACGUGGAAAUCCAGGUUUGAGAACUGUAACAGAGCAUUACUGGACAUGAUUGAAGAGAAAGCCAUGAGGUCCAAGGAAUAUGAGUGCUUCGUGCUAAAAAUCCAGAGGCUAGAGAACCUUUGCCGGGCUCUGCAGGAAGAGAGGAAUGAAUUGUACAAAAAAAUAAAGCAAGCACAGUUCCCUGAAGAGGUGAAUGGAAUUGGCAUCUUAGAAGAAGAAGAAGAUGCUGACGUGAGCCCGUCCUCCUCUGAGCAGGCGAGCAUUGAGCUGCGCACUGCUGACGAGAACAUGCUGAAGGAGCUGGCUGAAGCUUUCAGGGUGUCCCACAAGGCAGAGGCAUCCCUCCCGAGCAACAGCAGCAAUCCAGAGACCUGUGACGCUCAAACAUGUAAUGCUGUCCUGGUGCCAGGUCUCCCCUCUCCUCUCACCCCACGGUCAGAGGCUGGGAAUCGCUGUGAGCAGCCCGGCACGAGCACGCCAACGCCCACUGAACACGUGCCAGCACCCGCUGGGAGCAUGCCAGCGCCCACUGAAAAUAUGACAAUGCCCACCGAGAACACGCCAAAGCCCACCAAAAGCAUGCCUGCCCUCCCAGAAAGGGUGCCAACACCCACAGAAAGUGCGCCAAUACCUCCUAAGAGCGUGCCAGUACCCACAGGGAAUAUGCCAAAACCCAUUGAAAGCAUGCCAGCAACCCCCGAAAACGUGCCAACACCCACACAAAACAUGCCCACUCCCCUUGGGAAUAUGCCAGUACCCACAAAAAGUGCACCAAAAGCUGCAGAACGUGUGGAUGACCCAGCAGAGCCAUCUGUCCACGGUCAGUCCGCAGAGCAAACAGGGGACACAGACAUGGAAGCAGUGGAUUGAAGACACUGGUGUGUCCAGGCUUGUCUUCUACAAACCACAGCUCUAUUUUGUCCUCUAAAUUGAUACCUUUUUUUUUUUUAAAGAAUCAAUAAGUGGGUGCUAAAACACACUCACAUAUCUGUAGGCAAAUGUAAUGCACUUCUCUUUGCUACCACUAUCCAGUAAUAAUAGGUCUGCAAAUUUUGCUGUCCUUCAUCUGCUUGAACUACAAUAUUUUCUUAAUGACAGGAAAAUACAACGAAAUUACAGGAUCUUUUUUCCCAGGCAUAAUGAGUCAUCUCAUUCAGCAAAAUAAUUUAAAGUGUGGAAGUUUCAUGUUUCAAAAAUCAUUGCAAUUCACAUACAUAUAUUUAAAGACUCAUAAUUAAUUGUAUCUAUUUGUCAUGAUGUUGCAUAAAAGAUGGCCUACUUGGACACGUAGUGAUUUUAAUAAAUGAGGUGAAAGGAAUCUGUAAUUACAAAGUAAAAUAGUGAAACCAUCGAUGUGGUCAGCCAUAUCCAAGGAGAGGUGCAAUAACAAAAGGUGAAUUUUUGUACGACUAAACUACCACUCAGCACUGUGGCCUGAACACCCACAAGCUUUCAGCCUUACCUUGAAUUGGUUUUUUCUGCUUAGUGCUCUAAAAGAGGCUUUGUUUUCAACAGAACUACAGGGGAGGGGAGAAGAUCUUUUCUAGAUUCCUCAUAAAAUGACUGAAAACAACAGCAAUUUCCAAAUGGAUGGCAAUUCCCAAGGUAGGAGUCACAACCCUCUUUCUGCAUGCAACAGAAACCUGCUAGCUUGUCAUACUAUUUGGGAUCACGAGCCCAACAGAGGGGCUUAUGGCUGUUUCCAGCCCGCAAAUGAGGUCAGACGUUCAGAAGUUGGUUGCAGAUGUCAGCUUCUAGGCUAGGAGCAGGGUGGAGCUACACUAGAAGGUACCAGGAUGUAUUCCAGAAGAUACCCCUGAGAUCAUGCUUCCAGAUUGUCCCAUCUCUCCUAGUCAUAGCCACGUGAACCUCUUCACCACCGCUUCCUCCUGGCCCUGCUGCAUGUGCUGAUGCUCCCAGGAGAAGGGCGAGCACACUUGUCUGUCACCCCGUUGGUUGGAGUGGAGCACAAGUAAAUAGCCCAGAAGCAAACAGGUACCAGGAAAGCAGGAAUCCCUCUCACAGGCACCUUCACAGGGACUGACUACAUUCUCAUCCCCUCCCUUGUCUAACAGGCUCUUCCCAUCUGCCUGCCAGCACACCACUGUUUAAUAAUGUAGCCACCUUGUCAGAAACUGGUUGAUUUUGGCAUCAAGAACAAAGAUGAAGAAGGAAGGGGGCAAGAGAGGGUACCUACCCAGACAGCUGUACGGUCUCAAGCAAGGAGAGUAAGAAGGCUUUUUGGAAGAAGGUUAAAAAAAUCCUGUUGGCACAUUUCUUGUUUCUCAUCCCCUUCCUCCGAAUUCAGUCUAGGCCUUUUGGAGUCUGAGCUGGAUAGCUUAAGAGUUUGAAAAGGCUAAUUAAACAAGAUGUCCAGAGGCUGGAAAGGGAAAUGUUGCAAGCAAACAAACCCAUGUGUAUAGACAAAUCCCAAGAAGCCCCUGAAGACAAAGUGACUCAUUCAAGCCGAAGUUGAAAUACAGGUGAACCAAGAGAAAAGACACCAUCUUUGGCAGACCGUGGGAGACUGUGGUCACAGAGUCCUUCUGGCACACCACUCUCCAAAAGCUCUUUGCUUGCUGCCUACAUGGUCCGCACCCUGGUUGUGUAUGUCUGUGUCUGCACUGCUUGGUCCAGCCUUUUUGAGAGCUAACUGUUGGAGUACACAGAGCACGCUUCACAACAGUUUGUUUUGAUAUGGCCUUACGAGUAGCUAUUAUGGCUACAGUUUUUAAAUGUGGAUGCCUUACGUUAGAUACCAAGACCGAUGGGAUUUAUUUCAUGUCUUUAAUCACCUGAAAGUAGAUCAUUCAAGUCUUAGUUACCUUAAGCUCCUUUUAUACGCAGUGGAGAAGAAUAGGCAUCUUUCGAGGACAAGUCAUGUCAUGGUAAAACUGGCAUCCAAGAUGGAAGAAAUUACUUUCUCUCUGAAGAUGCCAUUUCUCUUCACUGAUUCUAGAGCCAGCCUAAGACAACUAGCUUAAAUUUAAAAUGUCCAUUAUUAGAUGUCUAAAUUAGGCAAGAUGAAUGCCAUCAAACAUUCAGAUUCAAAGCCCUAAGCAAAUGGCCAUCUCUGAAAACCAAGCCAGUUAUGUGCCUGUGAAAAUGUUAACCUAUAAAAAAUCCUUAUCCCAAGAUAAAAAGCUAUACACACU